AUGAGUUUCUUCUCCGACGAGCGAUUGGAUGACCUUUCAGCACGAUUAGGUCACGAUGGACUUAAGUCACUUGUCGCACAAAUAUCAGGCAUGGUGAAGUCUCGUGUGGAAGUCCUCCAUCGUAACCUUGGUCCAUCCAGUAUAUGGAACCAAUCUGGCGAUGUUCCAAAAUUAUCGCCUCAAAGAGCACGCCAUCUGAUCAAUAUUUAUUUCGAAAAUAUUCACCCGUUGUAUCCAUUUCUGGACCGUGAUGAAUUCGAAACCAGAGCAUUUUCCUCCACUUUGGAGGCUAGUCAUGCUAAUGAACCGGCGUGGACAGCUUUAUAUCAUACCGUGUUAGCUCUAGGUUGCGAAUUUGAUGGUGGAGGCUCAUUCACGCCUGGCGAAGGUGAAGCCUGGAGUCUUUUCAAGGUGGCACUUGAUCUUUACCCGAGAAUCUUGUUGCUAAACACAGAACUACUAGAGGUUCAGUCGAUUACAGCCAUGGCCGUCUUCUGUCUCAAUUUGUCCGGCACGCAGAUCCAAGGAAAAAUAAUAUCCGAGGCGGCGCGGGUUGCACAACGAGCAUUUUUACAUAAAUCUUCUGCCAGCUGCGACGCUACUGCACGUAGCCGAGUCUUCUGGGUGGUAUAUUACAUUGAAAAAACGGUGACUUUUCAUCACGGUACUACCUCGUUUAUCGUAGAUUGUGACAUUGGCUCGCCCGUACCUGAUGUCCCAGAGUCAGUCUUUGGCGAUUUUGACUGGUUCAUUACUGCGAUACGAUUUGCAAGGCUCUAUUCGCGAAUAUUUACCGACUUGUUUUCCAUAAGUGCAACAAACAAGUCAAAGUCAACAUAUCUCGUUAAUAUUGAGAAACUAGAGAGGCUUCUCGAGCAGCAAAGACAAGUGAUUCCUCGUCAGUUUCAACCUGGCACGAAAUUAAGACCACAAGCGUUCUCCCAUCCAUGUGGAAUCCUCGCAGCUCUCCGAGUGCACUACCACUAUCACGAGCUCAAAAUCGCUCUUCACCGUAUGAAGCUUCAUGUUACUCGCGAUGAGACUACAUCUCAAUCUCAGUCGACCAUCAUCGAUAUGAUGCACUCAGCACGUGCCGUGAUUGACGCCACACGAGCCAUUUACCAAGAACCAUCUACCCCGUUUUUUAUUAUUGCCUUCAUGCCUAUGACGGCACUAUUUAUCUUGUUCGACUUUAUUAUCCAUAAUCCGGCCCAUGUGGAUGCCGGCAGUAGUAUUGUCUUACUUGAAAGUGUGACGGGCUAUUUUAGCGCUCUUGAGUACGCUACCGGCGGGUAUUUACCAGGCUCCAUGCUAAUGCAAUUUGCGUCCAUCGCGCGCGCAUUUCAAUCAUUUCAAUCUUCCCCGCCUGCUGCUCACGCCAACAAUAUCAGCAGCGCCCGCAGUGACAUGGAUACAGCUGUUGAAGGAUCCGUAUCUGGAACUUAUGGCACAAGUUCAUUUACACAUAGUCAGAGUCCUUGGAAGGUUGCCUCUCAAUCGAUGGCCAAUGAUCUGUCCCAGAACCCCUCGUACUUGUUCAUGAAUAGCUCCAUGUUUGCAGAUGGCAGGCUCACUCCUGGUCUGGAGAUCAUGGAUCUAUUUGGAGGCCCCGUGCUUGGCAUUGAUUUCUUCCCGACUUCAAAUUGA